AUGUACCUGUUCUACUAAUAAGGUGAAUAAACAAUAUAUUUGAAAGAGGACGUUUAAAUUUUGGAUGGAAAAAAUUAAAUCAUAAAGGAAAUAGAUUAGGUAGGUAAAGAUUUUAAUUUUCUGGUUUGGUUAAAUAAUAUUAUUACCAAUAAUUAUAGCUAAUGGCAUAUGGUAUAAUUUACUUAUGAAUAACAUAAUGGGGCUAUAGUGUCUUUAAAUAAAGAUUCUCAGAAGACUUGAAAACAUGUUCAUGUCAAUAAGGUUACAUAGAAUAAUUAGGAGAAUAUAUAUCAUUCACUGAAACGAGUCUGUAACAAAACUAGGUAGAUAAAUUAUGUUCUGAUUGUUUUUAGACUAUAAGAAAGAUUGUAAAUUUAUUACAAAUAAAUUAUGAUGUUUAUUUUAUUGAUUUCACUUCUAAUUUAGUAUUGAUUGAAGGUGCUGAAAAUUAUUGUAACACUGAAUAUAAUUAUCCUAAUUGCUUUAAAACUCAAGAAUACACACAUUUAUAUCAACCUAUUUAUAUUCUUAGUAAGUAGAAUCAUUAUUAAUAUAAUAAUAAAGUUUAUAGUCCAUAUAGAAUUGUGUUAAAUCAGAUUAUGAAUCUUAUAAUUGCUUAUAUUGUGAUGUAGGAUAUUAUUUAUUUGAAAAUUGUUGUUUACUUUGUUCAUAUUUUGGAAUGA